GACUGCGAGGCGAGAAGAGCGGACAAGGAGAGCGGACAAAGUGAAAGGGGGGAGAAAAGAGCGAGAAGACUUCGUAUUGCCACCCAUCCCUCGCCGGCAGAGAUGACGUCACUGUGCAAGAACCUGGCAGUGCUCCUACUGCUCGUGUCCUCCGACUCCUUCCUCCGUUCUGCUUCUCCGUACCCCCGCCAGCUCCUCUUUACUCACGCCGCGUCCACUUCCCCUCCCGUCACGCACAAAAGGAUCAUGUUUGUGAUGGAUGUGGGCGACGACGACGACUAUGACGACGACUACUCAGACGGCCACAGCUCUCCCACCAGCGCUUCGCCCUCUAAAAACCACACCCCGCUCCUCCAAGACCGAAAGCCCUGCCACUAUGACUCCUGCGAGGAGAACCAUGGGCCGUGCGAGCACCUCUCAGCCCAGACCGGGUGCCUCUGCCCCGGCUUGAGUGGAGAUGACAUACCCCCUCACCCUCCACGCCUGAAGGGGUUGGUGCCGGUCAGCGAUGGGGACAGCAAAGAGAAGGUAGAGAUCCAGUGGUGCGCCCCUUCCUCGGUGGUAUCUGGGUACAGGGUGAUGGUCGAGGGGCAUUCAGGAGGACCCCUGCAGUUUGGGGAGGCAUCACGACGGGGUACGGUCGAGUCCUUGGAGGUUGGCGCCAAGGUGUGUGUGGAGGCGGUGAAUAAGGCCGGACACAGUAUGCGCUCCGACUUCUCCUGUCUACGGUACAAUCCCUCCAAGUCCUCCAGGCUCGAGCUGAGCGCCGGGGUCAUAGCAGGGGGGGUAGCGUUCCUCCUACUCCUUUUCAUAGCGGCCUUCAUCCUCUGGAAGCGCAAGAUGUGUCAAAAAGCCACGAGCGACUCCGCCGAGGGGCACAGGAACCCCUCUUACAGCACAGAGGGACCGCUUUAAACCCAAAACAGGGGCGCCACGGACAAGGCCAAGAGCGAUUGGACCGGCUCCAGGGCAGAGUCAGGCUGACCAGGGAACGGAUCUCAGAAACUCACAGGGAAUGGUUUUAUGGUGUGAAUCAUACAAUCGCUGUCUAAUUUUAACGUUAGAAAAGGAAGCUGGGAGUUUGUGGAUUGACAGUAAUACAGAAUUUGGGAGUUUGUGGAUUAACAGUAAUACAGAACUUGGAAGUUUGUGGAUUAACAGUAAUACAGAACUUGGGAGUUUGUGGAUUAACAGUAAUAAAUAGCUAACAGUGAGGAGGAACUACAGGUUUAUUUGCAGGCAAAAAAAUCUGUAGGUAGCCUACAUGACGGGGGUAUCAAUGCUAAGGUAGAUUGUAAAUAUGAAUCUUUUAGAUAAACUGUCAUAAACUUUAGUAAUAAAGUAAAACUUUUUUUAAAGUGUUCUCUCAAUCUGUCUUCCAUGGAAAUUAACUGGAUUUUUGUUGCAACGAGACAUUUACGACUGCUGCACCAGGCGGUGCAGCCAGGACUGCAAGCUUUGGCACGUGGACACCGUUUCUUGGACUACCGUGAUCAAUAACACGUGCUGGAUGAUUAAAUCCUUCAUGACAAAUAAAAUGAGAAGU